AUGCUUUUUCGGCAUCGUCUUCGUGUACGCCCUCCUAGUUUUGGCUUUCUCAAGUUGCAUUGGCUUUUGUGUUUGUGUUUCGGGCAAGCUAUGUUGCCCCGAAGUUUACAGCGGCACGGUAGUCGGAGACAUUCGCUCCUUUGGAAAAACCCAGAGUAUUCCGGGUUGCGCGACUGUUCCCAUCUCUUGGAUUGGAACAGGAUACAUCGUCGAUCCUACUCCGCACUUGCCGUGUGCCAAGCACAGAGCAAUCCUGGACCGUCACCGCCAGAGAAGAAUAACACGCCAUCCUUACAGGACUUGGAAGCUGAAUUUGCCAGGCUUCACGGGCAACCUGUCAAUGUCAACAGUCCCAAGCAAGUAUCAACGGCUAUAUUUGGUAGUAUUCAGAGUACAGCCCGUGACCGACUGGAACGCGUGAUCGAGGGCAGUCUCUUUGUUCCGUCACUGAAUGGCCCACGCUUGGCCGCUCUGGUCCUCCAACAUCGAGCGCUUACCAAAAUAUUGGAAGAUACGGCAGGCAACAGUGGCGUCGAACAAAACAGGACGUUCCCGAGUGCCAUCUCGACAAACACCGGAGAUCGCUUUUCAAAGGUCGUCCUUUCCCACACAGUGUCAUCGGAAUCAGUGUCCACCAAUUCUCCCUACGAACGACAAGUCGAAGCGCUUUUUCAACACAAAACGACGCUAAUACACACGUAUUGGCAGGAACCUCUGCUGCAGGUUACCCGACCCUCGGCGCGUACAUUGGUUGCACAGCUCGAUGCGACACAGUGUCCGAUGGGCUACAACCCAUUAGCGCAGCCCAUGGAUCCCUUACGCGGUACUGUGUUGGACACGGACGCACAGUCAUCUUCGUCGACGACCGCCACGACUACGGCAGGCAAAAAGGGAUCCUUUCUGGCCUAUUGUCGUCAACAAAAGGAAAGCUAUCCCGAUUGCAUCAUUCUCACACGAUGUGGAGAUUUCUACGAAACGUUUGGAUUAGAUGCGGUAAUGUUAGUCGAGCACUGUGGAUUAAAUCCAAUGGGCAACAAGGCCAAAGCGGGCUGUCCCUAUCGCAACGUACAAGCAACUAUUGACGGAUUGAUAAGCCAAGGGUUUCGGGUAGCUGUCUACGAAGAAGCGCCCGACACAGAUUCUUCAACUGGGACAGGCGCUACGGGUGGCGCCAAAUCGCGCAUCAAGAGUCGCUUUCUGGCUCAAAUCGUCUCUACCUCAUCGCCAACCUACCUUUACGGUCUCGUUCUGCUAAGCAAUGCAGAUACUUUGGUGACAGCUCCGCCAUCUCGUCCCCACGUCGGUAUCUUGUCACUGGCAGCUGGAUACACGAUGGUUGAAAUCUCAAUCGAAGAAAGGAAUGUGCGCGUGUCUGACCGUUUGACGCCGGAGGCAGUGGCUUGUCGAUUGGCGGCGUAUCCUCCGGCGGAUCCUUUGUUUUACGUACCGUCGGAAGGAGAAUACGAAUACAAAUGCAGUACCAGUGAUCUGCGAAGUUUGCCCUUCUUGCCGUCUCGCCGAGAUUCGUUUGAGAUAGGGUCAUCCGGGGCGAGGCUAAGGACUAUCAUAAUCCCUCCUACAGUUGUGGAGGGGCCAGGUGUUGCCGGAGUGAGCGAAGCAGAACGAGCCAAACGCAUUAUAACCGCAUCCUUGUUGGAUAUGAUUAAAAGCCCACGAAGUAGCGAGAAUAUUGCCUCCGAUCAAACGGCUACCGUUGAAGAUUUUACGCUGCUGGCACCGUCGAACACACAAGCUGAUUCCCAUACAACUUCAACCAACCCGCUUUAUGUUGAGACCGCUAUGCAGCUUGGACUAAUGAAUGAUUACGCCAUCCCUUCUCUCGUCUCGCACAUUCUUCCAGAGUCGGCUCCUGCAGCAACCCGACGAUUCCUGCGUCGAUUCCUUCUCACUCCGCCUCCGCCGCGAGUUGGCGAUGCCAUGGCUACGCUGGUUCGAAUUCUCCAGAGCAGCGAUGCAUCUUUGCCCCCGCUAACAGUUCCUCCAGUUGGUAAAGUAUUGGCUCUGCUGAGGGCCGGUCAAGCGAGUGCUCAAGUGUACACUGAGAUGCUAAAAUCUAUGCAUUCUAUGGUGCUUUUGUUGGACACAUUUCCAAGUAACUCUGACUUUGUUCAAUCACUCAUGACCCUUCUUGAGUACGAAAGUGGUCUGGCUGGCGAUCCCAAUUCCUUACGUGAUCGAUGUCAUGAGGCUAUUAAGGAAAUUGAAGCUAUUAUAAGUCCAAUUCACCACUCAUCUUGGUCGGAACUGGACCCAUCAGCUAUUGACUGCAUUACCGACUUUGGGGGCCUCGUACCCCGAGCAUUCUUUGAACGGAACGAGGCCACUUGGCGCGGGCGGGUACAGCCGGAUGUGGUCCUAAAAUCCUACACAGAUGUGCAGCGGGCCGCUGAACUACUUGGGGAAGCGGUUGCCAAAGACUUUUGGCAAACCCCCCGUCAAGAUUUGGAGGGAAAUCCUGACACUACUUCGAAGAGUCUCAUCGCUCAGGAUAUUUUUAAUAACAUUUUAGCUAUGAAGGAGGUUCCACAAGGUGCCGACAAAGAUCUCUUUUUUCAUCCACGCGACCGCAACGGAAAAAUACUUCGGAACCGGUUUACUACAGAAUACGUACAAUCGGCAUUGUCUGAUUACGUCGCCGCUUGUGACCGGGCUUGUCAGGACGUGACAGACACUCUUGUUCGCUUGAGUCAGCUUCUCUGCGACGAUGGCCAUAUUCCUGCGGUUGUCCAAGCAUCUCAUGCAAAUUUGAUUUUAUCCUCGGCCUUUCAUCAUGCCGUUCGAGCGAACGCUGCAGGAUGGAACUUGGCGCGCACGUACGAGGCCACUCUGAGCGAGGACACGGCUGGAUACUUAAAAGACCUGUGGCCGUAUUGGAUGGACAAAUCAGAGGCAACAUCAAAUUCUUACGAAUUGAAUGGAAUGUGGCUUCUGACGGCACCGAACAUGAGUGGUAAAAGUACUAUUAUGCGAUCAACCGCUGCCGCGGCAUUGUUAUCCGUUUGCGGCCUGUGUGCACCUCUUGGGCCUGGCUCUUCCAUACGACGCUUCGACCAUAUUUUCGUACGUGGUGCAUCAGCCGACGUUCCCUCGGAGCAAAAAUCCGCGUUCGGUGCUGAAAUGGGAGACAUCGCGGCUUUGUUACGAUCUUGUGGGGGGAAGUCCCUUGUUUUUGUUGACGAGCUUGGUCGAGGGACAUCGCCCAGGGAUGGAACUAGACUGGCUGGUGCUGUGUUAGAAGCGAUGACAAUGAGUGGAAUGAGCGGAAUUUUUGCUACGCAUCUCCACGAUGUUCUUGAUUUACCGCUUCGUUCAAAAGGACGAAUUGUUAAGAAGAGGAUGGGUGUACACAAGUGCCACCUCGAUGGCCACCAAUGGACAUAUAGAUUGGAAGACGGUGUAUGUACCGACAGCCUCGCGCUGUUAACUGCCGCACGCUUUGGUCUUCCUGAAAGUGUCAUCCAAAGAGCCGAAGCUCUGGACUCCUACAUUCCGCGUGCGUCAUCCUCUGUACUCCCCGAUAACUACAAAGCCCAGAGCAUUCCAGAUGGUGUAAACGGAUUUCCUGGGCGCAUCUUCGGUCUCGAAAACAUUGUCUCCCUAGCCGAGGAAUGCACCGGUGUUCGCUCCCUUCAAAUUCCUCCGCAGUGGAACGUUCCAGCAUCACUAGACGAGCCAAAAAGGGACAUUGGUCUAACGUUACAGCUCUGGCGUUACCAGCGGCAGAUAAGUCUCAAGCUCGUGCAUGGGAGAGUCUGAUAAUCCGGAGACUAAGCAAAACAGGCGUAUCCCUCAUCAGCACCACUGAUGGUAGAUCCAUUCGAUCGGCAAGGCAGUAGUUCCCAAUAUCAUGCCUUUAUAUCUGGCUCUUGAAGAGUGCUGUACGAUCGAAUUAUUGGCCUUACUCCGUUUUGGACGUUGCUAGCAUGUUGUCGUAAAGAUAAUCCAAUGCUGUGCGUCGUGACAACAAAAUUACAAUCGUUUAGAGCUUUUGAGCAAGGAUUUCCGUUGGUGAUCCAGCAGUUGUCGCAUCAUUCCUCGCAAGUCUUUUCGGUACGUAUCAGCAGAACCAGCAGGGACGCUCAUGCGGUAGCGCAACUCAUCCGUGGACAAGCUCUCCGCUAGCUCCAGCAUAGUGCCAAGCACGGUACUGAUAUGGUUUGG